CCUCCUUAUGAGUUUGCUUUUGGAAAUGUGAGUUUAAGUUUUUUCAAUAAAACAAUAUUCUGAUUAUCGAUCACGUAGAAAUAUUAAAUAAUUACAUUAAUGUCACAAAUUAUAAUUUUGGAAUAUUGACGAAACAUUUAAAAAUAUGAAAAUGACGAAGGUGAGUUCGAUACCCAUAAUAAGGUUAACCAUGAGGGAAGGUUUCUCAAAUUACCCCUAAUAUUUAUCAAGUGAUUUUCAUUUAUCUAUAUGUCCAUUUUUAGCUGUUCAUUUAAGUCUCCUUGGUUAAGAAAAAAAAAAUCUGUCUCACCUACUUUGACCAAAAAUGCUCUCUGUAAAAUUAUGAAAAUCCCGCUUCCUUACUAUACACAGUCUAUAAAUUUUAGAGCUUCUCUUUUCUCUUUUUUUUUUCUCUUAGGGGCGCGAAAAAUAGCUUCUUCGAUUUCUGAAUAAAAAGAAAGGAGAAUGAAGUUGAUGAAUGUAUUAAAAUUACUUGUGGUGGCGACUAUGGCGAUGACGGCGGCAGAAGCGAUAUGGCUAGAAUUGCCCAGUUCAGGGGCUAAAUGUGUGUAUGAAGAAAUCCGUAAUAACGUCGUCGUUUUGGUUAAUUACGCUGUCAUUGUUGACAAUGAGCCCGACAAACCUAAAUUUAUUCCCGAUAUCUCCCUUAAGGUUAUAUCACCAUUUGGAAACAAGCUCCACCAUGAAGAAAAUGUCACUCGUGGUAAAUUUGGUUUUACAACGACUGAGCCUGGAUACUAUAUGACGUGCUUUUUCAUGAAUAGUCAAGCUCCUAACGGUAAAAGUGUACAUAUUGGUCUUGACUGGAAAACUGGGAUUGCUGCCAAGGAUUGGGAUUCGAUUGCUCGAAAAGAAAAGAUACAAGAUAUUGAACUUGUGCUGAUGAAAUUCCAGGCAUGGGUGCAAGCCAUCCAUGAAAAAAUAGUCUAUCUAGAAAAGAGGGAGGAAGAAAUGAGUGAAGUGAGUGAGAGAACGAAUGCAGCUGUGGCGGUGUUCAGUGGAAUGUCCCUUAGUCUCUGCAUAUUGGCUGCAGCUACGCAAAUAUGGUAUUUGAAGCGCUUCUUUAGGAAGAAAAAACUCAUAUAAUUUUAUGAAUGUAAUGAUCGAUAACUUUCCUUUUGUGUGGAACCACAACUCACAUAUAAGAUAUCAACAUCGAAUUCUUUUGCUGUGUACCAAAAGAGUGUCAACAUGGAGGAAGCAAUUCAGUGUAUUUCUUGUGCAAUAUAAUUCAAGCAAUUCUUGAA